ACCGCCUCGCUUCUUUCGCGUGCGUUCACUCAUUUCCAGAAGAGCGCAGACAUGCUACAUAAAGUGUGCACUGCGUGGGUAAUUUUGUGUUUCCUUCAAACCUUUGUGAGAUCAGCCGGCUCGGAUCUGAACCGGGUGGGUCACCAUGAGAAUCUCUUGAAGCAUCUGUUCGACCCAGAGAGGUACUCCAAGGAAGUUCGUCCAGUCUUCUAUCACACAAACGCGACAGAGGUGACGUUAGACAUGCUGAUCAAAGAGAUUGCCGAAAUGGACCACUCUAGGCAGACGGUCAAAGUGAACGUGGUCAUGUCCGCGAAGUGGAGAGACGAAUUCCUGACGUGGAACCCCGAAGAUUACGGAGGCGAAGACAUUAUCGUGAUCCCGGCCGAAAAGAUAUGGGUGCCGGAAGUCAUAUCUGUGCAAAGCGUUUCCCCACUUCUUACAUCACAGUCAUCCGGCGGCGGCUUCGGCCGCCUGAGGGCGCGCGUGGACAGGUCCGGUCAUGUUUCGCUGGACCACGUGAAGCAGCUGCCGGCGAGAUGCGUGUCCACGCCCGAAGGCUUCUGGUCGAGUCGCUACGAGUGCUCGAUGGCCCUGAACACGUUGAACUUUGGCGGUCGCCACGAGCGCUUACACGGUGACGUGCACGUCGACGUCGAGCACAACCCGGCUUGGGAAGUCUCGCACACCAGGAUCACGAGACUUUACCACUCCUCACUGGGCUGCAAACUAGUGCUGAGGAAAAAGUACGAGCCGAGCUUCGCAUGCCCGACCGUAGCGGUGGUCUUGAUGACGCUGGCUAGCCUCUGGCUCCCAACCACGGGGCCAAGGGUGACGCUGUGCUGCGUCAACCUUCUGGUCACCAUCAUCUGGCUGUCAACGCUAUCGGAGCACCACGCGGGAUCCGUUACCACAGCUCCUCACGUUGUAUUCGUGUCCCUAUCCGCCACGCUGUCUGCCGUGUCCCUGGCCUGCGCCAUCGCUGCCCACAAGCUGUUGCACUCGGCGGACCGAUGCGAGGCACCCCGAGGUCUGGUGAACUUCCUGGAGGCCCCCUUCUGGCAGUUCCUUUGCGUCGGCGGCUUCCAACCGGUUUCGCCGGCGGCUGCACGGGAAACGGAGAUGGAGCAUCUGAGCCACGACCCACCAAUGGCGGCAGAGAUGGCCGAGGCCCCGGCCACGGUCUCGACCAAUCGGGAGCCGCGACUGAGGGAGGAAUGGCACGCCGUCUCGCGGGCUCUCGACAGGGCGCUGUUCGUCGCCUUUGUAGUGACGUUCAUAUCCUUUCGUCUUGUGUUCGCGGGACACAACUGGGGAGGGAAGUCGCGUGUUAAUACAUCAUAGUACGAGGCCUCGUUCACAUGGGGACGACAAAUGCAAUAAAUAAAUAAAUAAAUAAAUAAAUAAAUAAAUAAAUAAAUAAAUAAAUAAAUAA